CAUGUAAAGAAGAUUAGCAUCAGAGAUUAACCUCGAAUUUUUAGAGCAAAAAUCAUCUAAACCGGAAGAUAUGUCAACAAAUGGGGUUUUUACAAAACUGCAUACAACUAAGGAUAUUUUCAACCCGAGUUUAUUGUUCGCAAGCAAAACCGAAUGUUAUGAAGUAUCUUAACGUAGCAGAAAAAAAUGACGCUGCUAAGAACAUCGCUUCAAUUUUAUCAAGGGGCAAUUCAAAUAGGAGAGAAGGGUUUUCUCCUUACAACAAGAUCUACGAGUUUAACGCCCAAGUUUUCGGUACAAACUGCCAAAUGGUCAUGACCUCUGUAUCUGGCCAUUUGCUUAACUAUGAGUUUGUAUCCUCUUAUCGAAGCUGGCAAAGUUGUAAUCCAUUAGUUCUAUUUGAUGCUCCAGUUGUUAAAAGCUGUCCAAAAGAUUACGAGAAAAUUAAGAAAACCCUUGAAAGGGAAAUUCGUUCCUGUCAGGGCUUAAUAAUAUGGACAGAUUGUGAUAGAGAAGGUGAAAAUAUUGGGUUUGAAAUAAUCAAGGUUUGUACAGAUAUUAAGCCGCAGUUGCAGAUUUACCGGGCAAAGUUCUCAGAAAUCACUGCAGCUUCAGUUUUUAGGGCUUUAAGUACUUUAUGUCAGCCAAAUAAACAUGUUAGCGAUGCAGUUGAUGUAAGGCAAGAGCUAGAUUUGAGAACUGGGGCCGCAUUCACUAGGCUUCAAACCUUAAGACUGCAACAGGUGUUUCCUCAGAAAUUAGCUGAGAAACUUAUAAGUUAUGGGUCUUGUCAAUUUCCAACAUUAGGUUUUGUGGUGGAAAGAUAUCAAGCAAUUGAGGAUUUCAUUCCAGAGGCUUUCUGGAAAAUAAAAAGAACUAAAUCUAGCCAAUUUAGUUGAACAACAACAGAAUGAUAACCAGUGGGGUCCAUUUGCACGCCGUGUUAUGGCUGAAGGUGGGCCUACGCCCAGGCAAGGAAAAAAGUCUGAUCAAGCUCAUCCUCCAAUACAUCCCACAAAAUAUGCUGACAAUCUACAAGGAAACGAGAAAAGAGUUUAUGAAUAUAUUGUACGACAUUUCUUAGCUUGUGUACAUAAAGAUGCUCAGGGGUUUGAAACUGUAGUUAAUGUAGAUAUAGCCGGUGAAAAGUUUACAGCUAAAGGGUUAAUUAUUUUGGAAAAGAACUACCUAGAUGUGUAUAUUUAUGAGAAAUGGAAUGCUAAGGAAAUAAACAAUUAUGAGCAAGGAGACACGUUUGACCCAACUGUUUUAGAAUUGGUUGAGAGCAAAACAGCACCUCCAAAAUUGCUUACUGAAGCUGAUCUUAUUGCCCUAAUGGAAAAGCAUGGAAUUGGUACCGAUGCAACACAUGCCGAGCAUAUAGACACUAUCAAGUCAAGGGAGUACGUCGGCUUACACGAUAUAUAUUUUGUUCCUGGAAAUCUUGGAAUGGGAUUAGUAGAAGGGUACAACGAUAUCGGGUUAGAAGUUUCUUUGGCCAAGCCCACUUUGCGCGCUGAUUUUGAAAAAGAUCUGAAAUUGAUUUGUGAUGGACUGAAAAAUCCUGAAGUUGUCAGACGAGAGCAAGUUGAAAAGUACAAAGCCGUGUUUAUGACCGUAGCGGAAAAAAUGAGGCUUAUCGAUAAUAGUCUGGCAAAUAGAUUAGACGAUAGACCUCAAAACGUUCCAGAUGCAGUCGUUGCCGGUAAUGGUCAGGAUUUUAAACCUGCCUUAAAAUGUCCAAAAUGCGGCCAAGAUAUGAUAGUUAGGACCAAAAAGAAUGGAAGUAGUAAAUUUUUAAGUUGCUUGGGAUAUCCGGAUUGUAAAAAUUCUGCAUGGUUUCCGAGCAUGGUUAAAAAUAUUGACGUUACUGAUGAAUAUUGCCCGGAGUGUGGACCAGAUUUUAAACUGCUCAGAAUUACAUUUAGGCCAAAUCCGUUUCCAGGAGAACCCAACCCGAAUAAUGUAUGUAUAGGUGGAUGUGAUCCCAAUGUUAUAGAAAUGCUCAAUAUUAAUUUAGCAAGUGUUAGAAGAGCUAAUGGUGCUGCUUUCACGGAACCAGUUCGCAAUUUUGUAAACCAAAGAACGAACAUCCAACCAGUUGUACCGCGUGUGUCUCCACGACAAACUCGCGAAAACACUAGCUACAAUAUUCCUCAAAACCAUUUUACAUCCAGGAAUCAAAAUCAGACUUUCAAUGAUUCUGGCAAUAGUUCCCCGAUAGGUAGCACGAAUUUUGGAAGUAUUAACAAUAGGCCAAGUUUUGGGAAUAUUCCUGGAUCAUCAGGACAGUUCAGGUAUGGCAAUAACGGAAAUGUUGAAAAUUCUUCUAAUAAUACUGAUAUAGUUUGUCAAUGUGAACAGCAGGCGGUUCUGCUAACAGUGAGAAAAGAUGGACCAAACAAAGGAAGACAGUUCUAUAAAUGCGCACAGUCUGCUUGUAGUUUUUUCUUAUGGGAUUCCAACGAUUCAAACACCACUAUCCCCGACAACCAAACUGCAACUAGUGCGGGAAGGAGUAGCCAUGUGGAUGUGAUGUGCAGAUGUAAUCAAAAGGCUGUUCUGAGAACGGUUAACAAAGACGGACCAAAUAAAGGAAGACAAUUUUAUUGUUGUAGUAUUAUGGUGGAUGGUUGCAAGUUCUUCCAAUGGGCUGAUGAGGUUCCCAACGCAGGCGGAGGAAAUGACGGCGAUGAUUUUGGGGGCGGAGGAGGUGGGGGAGAUGGUGGAACGAAUCUCAAUUGGAGUUUUAAGCAUAAGACGUCGAGAGGGAAGGGCAAAAAAACGAAUACUGGAACAGCUCCAUAUACAAAAACAAAGGGGGCUGGACCUUCAGGAACAAGAGCCAAACGAAAAUGUGGAAAAUGUGCACAAGAAGGACACACCAAAAACCACUGCCCCAACUAAGAAGCCAUUCAUACCGAUUCAUUGUAUAAAGUAUUCAAGAGCGAGAUGUCGCCAUUCAAUUAGUUUUAAUUUAUUUAAUUCUCUUUUGUCAAGAUCUUGUAUUAAUAAUGUUUUUCUAUGUAGUUCGUUGUAGUCGGUAGAUACAAAUAAAAUUCUAUAUCAUUUCUAAA